AUGUCCUCACAGUCUGCCUCUCUCGACUCCAUCCUCCAUAGCCUCCAGCAAUCUCUCAGCCAUGGCGAUGCAUCGCAAGCACAGCAACAAUUACAAAAAGCCAAGAUUGCCCUCCUACAGCAGAACGCAUUAAUACCUUCACCACAAACACCUGUCCAGACUCUGGCCACGGCUCGCUCGAUAUUAGAAGCUGGCGCCCUGCUUUCCAUCCGAUCAAGAGAUCCCCAAUCCUUCAUCAGAUACUACUCCCAGUUACAGCCCUUUUACGACUUCCCCGGCCUACAACAGCAUCCAUCAAGGGAUCGCUCAAAGAUCACGGGGCUCUAUCUCCUACUUCUGCUCAGUCAAGGUGACUAUGCUGGCUUCCAUACGCUGUUGGAGAGCUUGAUCGUGGCGGCGGGAGCGAAUGGGUCAGCAGUGGUGGAAGAGGAUCCAUUCAUCAAAUACCCCAUCGAGCUGGAGCGUAGUCUCAUGGAGGGCAGCUACGACCAAGUGUGGAGGAAGACGAAUGGAAGAGACGUGCCGGGCGAGGAGUUUGGCUUGUUCUCCGAUAUCCUCAUCAACACUAUCCGCGUCGAAAUCGCCUCUUGCGCAGCCCGUUCAUACCCAUCCCUCCCGAUUGCCUCGGCAAAGAACCUUCUCUUCCUAGACUCCGAGGGUGCAGUCAUGGAGUUUGCAAGUGAUCAGGGAUGGAGUCUCGAGGAUGGCAGGAUAUACUUCCCUGGAUUGGAGGAUGCGAAGAAGGCACAAGAGGGUGAUCAGAAGGAGGUGAUUAGCCACAUGGUCGGAUAUGCGAGGGAGUUGGAGAGUAUUGUCUGA